CACAUGCCCACAAGUGACGGUUCCGUUCACUUCCUUCCCUUACAGAAGGAGCGUGGUGAAGAUGGCGGAGAAAAGUGCGAUACCGAGUGAUCUUUACAAGUGCGUUUAUUCAUUUCUGCUGGAGAACAAGUUCACCAAGGCGGCCCAGCAGUUCCUGAAGCAGACUAAAGUGACUCCACAAGAUCAAAAUGAAGACAGCCUCGUCAACAUCUACAACUUCUGGAUGAAGUCUCCUGAAUCUAAGAAGCGAAAGGCGCCUCCCAACAAGGCUGAAGCUACAAAUGGUCCAUCAGCUAAGAAGGCAAAAACCAGUGCGGAGAGUUCCAGCAGCGAAGAGUCAAGCAGCGAGGAUGACGAGCCUGUUGCAAAACCAGCUAAGGCAGCCCCUGCAGCCAAGACAGUCCCGGCCAAAGCGGCAGCAGCUGCUAAAGCUGCAUCCAGCAGCAGUGAAGACUCCAGUGAUUCAGAGGAUGAGAAGGCUCCAGCAAAAGCUCCUGCAAAGGCUCCCGUGAAGCCCCCUGCUGCAUCUGCUGCAAGGAAGAAAGACAGCAGCUCCAGCAGUGAAGAGUCUGACUCUGAGGACGAGCAGCCUGCCAAAGCUCCUGCCCCAAAACCCAAACCAGCUGUACCUGCUAAAGGUGCUGCUCAGAAGAAGCAGGAAAGCAGCAGUGAAGACAGUUCCUCAGAUUCUGAAGAUGAAGAACCAUCCAAGGUUCCAGUCAAACCUGCCCCAGUAAAAACUGCUGCUGCUGAAUCAAGCAGUGAGGACUCUUCAUCUGAAGAUGAGGCUCCACCCAGCAAAAAACCCAAAGCAGGAGCGUACAGUGCAGUCCCACCUCCUGCUUCAGUCCAGAAAACUCCUGCUCCAGCAGCAGCCAGCAAAGCCAAGGAUAGCGACUCCUCAGAUAGCAGUGAUGACAGCAGCGACGAGGAAGAAGAGAAGAAAGCAGCUGUGAAACCUGCACCAGUAAAGACCACUGCUACAAAACCUGCUGUGCCUAAACCUGCUGCAAAGAAGCAGGAGUCCAGCUCUGAGAGCUCAGAUUCAAGCUCAGAUGAAGAGGAAGCGAAGAAGCCUGCAGCCAAAGUCACCCCAGCUAAAGCAGCCCCAGUCAAACCUGCCCCGACCAAGGCUGCACCUGCUAAAGACUCUGACUCUGACUCAAGUUCAGAGGAUGAAGAGGAGGUGAAGAAACCUCCAACGAAGGUGACUCCUGCUAAGGCUGCUCCAGCUAAAGCUGUCACACCUGCUAAAGAAGACUCCUCAGAGGAGGAUUCCAGUUCAGAGGAGGAGGAAAUGGCAAAGAAGCCAACAGCUAAACCUGCACCUGCAAAAACCCCAGCUAAAAAAGAUGAGUCCUCAAGCUCAGACUCGGAUAGCAGCUCAGAAGAUGAGGCUCCAGCAAAACCUUCCACCAAAGCUGCAGCCACACCCACAUCUGCUGCUGCUUCCAAACCCCCAGCCAAGGCAGCAGAGAGCAGCUCUGAUUCAGAGGACUCCUCCUCUGAGGAGGAAGAACCAGUGAAAGCCAAGCCAGUGGCUAAACCUUCUACCCCUGCUUCAAAACCUGCUACCCCUGUUGCAAAGCCUGCUGCUGCAGCAGAAAGCAGCUCGGAGUCUGACUCCUCCUCUGAAGAUGAAGAUGAACCAGUCAAGGCUAAACCUGCAGCAGCUAAGCCAUCAACACCAGCCUCAAAGCCUGCCACUCCUGCAGUGAAACCUGCUGCUGCAGCAGAAAGCAGCUCGGAGUCUGACUCCUCCUCUGAAGAUGAUGAACCAGUAAAGGCUAAACCUGCAGCAGCUAAACCAUCAAAGCCUGCCACUCCUGCAGUAAAGCCUGCUGCUGCAGCAGAGAGCAGCUCAGGCUCUGACUCCUCCUCUGAGGAUGAGGAAGAAACAGCUACAGCUAAACCAUCAGUAGUUAAACCAGCUACUCCAGCUUCAAAACCUGCUACCCCUGUUGCAAAGGCCCCUGCUGCAGCAGAGAGCAGCUCUGACUCCGACUCCUCCUCUGAAGAUGAAGAUGAACCAGUCAAGGCUAAACCUGCAGCAGGUAAGCCAGCAACACCGGCCUCGAAGCCUGCCACUCCUGCUGUAAAGCCUGCUGCUGCAGCAGAGAGCAGUUCUGACUCUGACUCUUCUUCUGAGGAUGAGGAGGAACCAGUGAAAGCCAAGCCAGCAGCAGGCAAACCAGCUACCCCAGCUGCAAAGCCUGCAGCAAAGCCUGCAGCAAAGCCUGUGGCAGCACAAGGCAGCAGCUCAGACUCUGACAGCUCCAGUGAUGAGGAGGAACCCAAGAAGGCAGCACCGGUUCCCAAGCCCACAGCUGCAACUUCCAAAAAGAAGGCUGAGGAGAGCAGCUCUGACUCCUCGGACAGCUCUGAUUCAGAGACAGAGGCAAAGUCCACCCCUGCUAAGCCUGCAGUCACCAACGGCAAGGCUGCAACGCCCAAGGCAGCCAAGACCCCAGCAAAGCCAGCAGAGUCCUCAUCCAGUGACAGCAGCUCUGAAGAGGAAGAAGAGACGAGUAAAAGUGCUGUAAAAUCUGCGCCACCUGCUGCAGCAGCCAAGACAACUCCAGCAGCUAAAGCUAAAGAGAGCAGCAGCUCCUCAGACAGUUCAUCAGAUGAGGAGGAAGCACCACGUAAAGCAGCCACAGCACCCACCACCCCCACAGCAAAUGGUACCAAUGGAAAGAGAAAAAGGGACGAAGAAUCAUCAGAAAGUGAAGAUGAAGAUACAGAAGUCAAGACGCCAAAAAACAAGAAGGCAACAACCACACCACAGACGUUUCCUAAAGCCAACCAGAAGUCUUCCAACAUACCAUUCCGUAGAAUAAGAGCGGAAGAAGUAGAUGUGGAUCCCCGUCUUGUAGACAACUCUUUUGAUGCAAAGAGGGGAGCCAUGGGAGACUGGGGCCAGAAAGCUAACGAUGUACUCAAGUUCACAAAAGGCAAGUCAUUUCGCCACGAAAAGACAAAGAAGAAGAGGGGAAGCUACCGCGGUGGAGCCAUCUCCACUUCAGUCAACUCUAUUAAGUUUGACAGUGACUGAGGACCCUCUCACUCUCACCUGAACUCUACUUUACCUCUGCGAACAGGACUAUUGGUUGUCUGCUUCCUUUCCCUGUAAACAGUCCGUCUAUCAUCAUCAUCCAGCUGUGACAGUAGCGCGCUGACAGAGGAAUGUGACCUGUGGAGCUGAGCUGACACUUUAGUUAGCUGCCCUUAGUUUGUAAUGGAGACCAUUUGUUUGAUCUCUCAUCUGAAGCUACAGUUAGAGGAGCUGUGGCAGCAGGAGAGAGAUGCUCCCAGCUGUGACUUCGGACUGUACUGUUUAUGGUUGACCUCAAUGUGACAAUAUUACCACGUAUGGCCACUAGGUGGCUGCAGGCUACCUAUCAAUGGUUUAAAAACAAAAACCUGUUUGUCUGUUGGACCCCUGUUUCUUUUUCUUGUUUUGACUUAAACCUGUACUUUAAUCUCAAAUGAAAAAUGUGUAAUUUCUGUGUAACAUGGGUUUUUCAUUUAUGUGUGAAUGAUGAUUUUCCAUCCCUUCUAACAGGUCCAUCAUGUGUUAAGAAAAGCCUGGUGUUUUUUUUUUUUUUUUCUUAAUGGUUCACAUGAAUUCUUGAAGUUUGUUGAUUUUUAUUUGGCCACAUUUAAAUGUGGUGAGGGUGCAUGAUGGGGGUUUUUUGUCUCUACAUUACAUGAACACUUGGAGAGUAGAACUAAGUUUUAUACUGUGUAUUUAUUAUGUUUUAUUCCAUUUCAAUAUUUAGAACCUUUAAAGCCAUCUCAAGUUGUUCUCAAUCCAUUUUAGAUUGAAACUAUUGUUCUGUUCUGAUGUUAGGAUACCCCUGUCAAUCUCUCCUGAUCUGUCCAUCAGUGGGAUGGAAUUUAAUUCUCCAGCAUAAGAGAGAGCCAUGUUCGUUUCAAUUAUUUGAAUUUACUUGAUGUGUACCUCUUAUUUUUUUGUCGCUUCUUGUAGUGCUAAUUAAAGACCUAACAGAUUA